UCCUUCAUUCUUAAAGUUUGCGGAUGGAGAUUUGUUUCCUGGGUUUCUAUAGCUACGACACGGCUGCUACAACCUUUUGGUAAUUAUUUCCCGGGUUCUAAUGUCGGAUUUAAUAUAUCCGUGCUGCCGCUUCUGAGCGCCUUUCGCUUUAGACACUUAAAGUAUGUCUUAAGAGUAGUUGGCACAUUGAUUCAGCUGAUACCACCAAGAAGUUCGCGGACGUGUCAAUGGUCGCCCCAAAAUUCCCGGGAACGCCAAAACUGCGUGCCAGGAAACAUGGAACGUAACCAGGGAAUAUGCUCCAAGCAUUCGGGGUGACAUUCACAACCAGAAGAGGAGAGUCUGAAAGUUGAGAUCCUGGCCAAAGACAAUGAACGAUAUUUGCUGGAAGUAGUGUGGGAAAUUAAAUCUCUGCAGCCAUGAAGGAGCUGGGAGGAGAGUCGCGGAUUUAUCACCAGCUCACGGUGGCUCUCCGAAUUCGCCCCAUCAAUGAGUCAGAACUUGAUGAAGAAGCAACCAUCAUAGCACAUAAAGUGGAUGAUCAGAUGGUGGUUUUGAUGGAUCCAGAUGACAUCUUGCGAGCUAAUCGGUCCCGUGAAAGAACGUUUAUGUUUGACAUGGUAUUUGAUAAUAAUUCCAGUCAGGAAGACGUUUACUUGGCCACUACAAAGGACCUGAUUAAAGGAGUCAUCUGUGGAUACAAUGCUACAGUGUUCGCCUAUGGACCUACAGGAGCUGGUAAAACCCACACCAUGCUUGGGAUGGACUGCAAACCCGGAAUCUAUAUCCAAACACUGAAUGAUCUAUUCCAGGCAAUCGAAGCCAACAGUGAAAACAUGCUCUAUAGUGUCUCAAUGUCUUACUUGGAGAUUUAUAAUGAAAUGAUCCGUGACCUGUUGAACCCUUCCUCAGGGUAUCUAGAUUUGAGGGAAGACUCCAGGGGUGAGAUCCAGAUCGCUGGAAUCACAGAAUUCUCAACCAGCAACGCAAUGGAGAUCAUGCAGUUGUUGACAAAAGGGAACAGGCAACGAACACAGGAACCAACAGCAGCCAACAAAACCUCAUCCCGUUCCCAUGCAGUGCUGCAGGUUACUGUCAAACAGAGGAGUCGAAUAAAAGACAUUUCAGAGGAAGUACGGAUUGGCCGUCUAUUUAUGAUUGACCUUGCAGGAUCUGAGAGAGCAUCUCAGACUCAGAAUACUGGCAAAAGGAUGAAAGAGGGAGCCCACAUUAAUCGAUCCCUACUUGCCCUGGGAAACUGUAUCAAUGCACUGAGUGAGAAAGGAGCGAAUCGUUCCCAGUAUGUCAACUUCAGAGACAGCAAACUGACCCGGCUAUUAAAGGAUUCAUUGGGUGGAAAUAGCAGAACUGUGAUGAUUGCUCACAUCAGCCCUGCCAGUAGCUCGUUUGAGGAGUCCAGGAAUACCUUGAUAUACGCAGACCGUGCCAAGAAUAUUAAAACCAGGGUGAAACAAAAUCUGCUGAAUAUCUCAUACCACAUCACUCAGUACACCAACAUCAUAGCUGAUCUCAAGAAAGAGAUUGAGCGACUCAAACUGAAGAUUGAGCAGCAGGGACCAGAACAGAGAAAAUCAGAGAAGGCCAAUAUCAGGGAUAUUCAAGCUGAAGUCCAGCAGCAUUCAGUGGAAUACAAGCGAGGGGAAAUGGCCAGACUGAGGGAUCAAUUGAUGGUUGCUUUUAGGCAACAAAUGGAGAUCCGUCACAACCUCAUGGAGCUUGAAAAUACCAACAUGGAGCUUCACAUUGACACCUCCAGACAUCUGCUAACCAUAGCUGACUGGGAAAGGGAGAAAGCAAACCGUUCUGGGAAGUGGUGGAAGAAGAAAUGGAGCGAGAUACCUGAUAAAGAUCACAAAGGGGAGGAGCAGGAAGCCAGACUAAUGGAUGAGUCGGAUGUGACUGAACCGCUGGAGGUGACAGUGGCGCGGGAGGAAAUCAGCAUGCUGCUAAAUGAGCAGCAAAAAACUGCAGCACUCAAGUGUGAGUUGGAGCAGAAGUUGGAGGAAAUCAAGGCUAAAGUCUCAAAGAUGGAGGAUUUGCUACCAAAGUGCAUCAGUAAUAAGGAGCAGCAGGAGAUCAUGAGUUUGCUCUGUAAAGUUCAUGAGCUGGAGGUGGAGAAUACUGAGAUCCAGUCAGCUCUGCUGAGGAAAGAGAACGUCCUCCAACAGAAAGACUUUGUUGUGCAGCGCUACGAACAACAUCGAUCACUCUGCAGUGAGAUUAUUCGGCAGCAGCAACAGCUGAUAAAUGAUCACAACAUUGAUGUUCCACAGCAGCUACAGAAUCUCUACACCCUGUAUAGGCAAGAGACGGAGGAGGGGAUGUUGGAUAAUUUGAACACCCUUCAUACCAUCACCUCCAACACGUUGAAGGAUCACACAAUUCUGAAUGUUGCUCGUCAGCUGAACCUAGAAGAAUAUGUGUUGUCCUUGGAAGGAAGGAGAGAUGAUGCCACGUCAAGGACAGUUCAUGAAAACAGACAACUGCUCCACGCCCGGGUUAAGAACCCAUUGCCUCCAAUACUUCCUGAACAUGAGAGUGAUGCCAAUAAGGUGUUCAAAGCUACCACACAAUCACGCUACAUGAAACAGUUGCCAAAUCUAACACCACCUCCCAUCCGCCUGGCUGGACCAUUGUUACUGCAGAAACAGAAUCUGAUCACUCUGAAGGAUUGGAGCAGAAGUGGAGAGUCCAAUACACCAUCCGAAGCAGGAAGCAGCCAAUCAGAGUUCGUCGUAGUGAACAAGCCACAGGGCUCAGGCAACCUGCAGGAAAUUAUGGGCACAAAGAGCAUCUCAGUUAUAGCAGCAGAGCGUCGCUCACGAGCAAAUGUGGCUGACUCUGCAUUAGCACUCACGAGAGGAAAGGGAAGGAGGAUUCAAUCCACACCUUCCGCCGAGGAAACUGAGAAGGAGAACUGGGGUCAAGUAGACUCAAAGAAAGACACAUUAAACAAUGAAAAGAAACCUGGAGUCAAAAGUGAUCAUCUUUCACUGAAAAUGGGAGGGAAUGCUUUUGGGGACAGUCCAGAAUCUAGCAGUCCCUCUCCUUUAACUUCAUGGUCCAAAUUGAAAGGAUUGAGAAAGGCAGAUCAAAAGGACGAUUCAACUGAAAUAAAAGAAAGGAAGAAACAAUCACAUGCUUUUGGAAUAAAUUUCCAGGGGAUUCCUAAACUCAGGCCGUACCCUUCACGGCCGCACAAUCUCAAGAGUGUAUUUGAUCACAGGUUUUCAGUUGCUCCGCACCUCUCGCAGAACUCUAAUCUCAAACCAAGUGUUGUGCCAGUAAGGAUUGCCAAUCUGUCAAAUGCCAACGUGCCAGCUGCAGCAAAGAUCAAAUUCCCACUCAGCUAUCAUUCAGGUGAGAGCCAGUUGCAGAAGAUUGAAGCGAGUAAUGCCGUGUCAAGUAUCACCCACCAGAUAAAUGCAGAAGGGAAUAAAGGGCUGCUCUUGCAGAAGCAAGUCAGAGGACCAGGUUAUGGUGCCAAUACACAACACCUGCGAACACAUCCUGGAAACAAAAAAGGAAGUAAUCUGCCUCCCAGGAUGACAGAUGCAAAUUCACGUAGCAGACCCAAAAAGUGAUCACAAGUAGGAAGCACUUGUGCAAUAUAAUGGCUGAUUUGUGAAAUAAGAUGCAAGGAUUCAGAAGAAACCUCAAACAAAUUAAAGCCAGCAAUGUGAUAUCACCUGAUCUUAUGCUGAAUUCCAAAUGAAUUAAUUUGCUAGAUUUUUUGAUUAAAGUAUACUGAGACAUUAAUUUCUGCAUUUUACAAUCCACGGUGCAAAUGAAUUCAUGUAGCAUUACUGAAGUUGAGUGAGCUAGACAGUUGAAAAAGAAUGCGAGCAUGGAUGGACUACAAGAAGAGCAUGAAUUCUAAACUGCUUAUGGUGCAAUUCCUUUGAGAGCCAUUGACGAAUGCACAGAUCUUUGGUACUGUAAGAACUGAAUUAACUUUGUAGACAUUUGAGUCAAAAAUGUCAUUGGCAGAUAUUAGAAUUUACAAAUAUCUUGUAACAAAAUUAUAAGCAACUUGUUAUUUCAAGUUACAAUUAGUUAAAAAUUUUGAAUAAAACACUACCGACGGCAUUUUUGUUCUGCUUCAUGAAAAUAAGAAGUUUUGUUAUUUCCUAUAGUGUCUUACAUUAGACUAACAAAUGGUGAGUUAAUAUUUAUUUCACAUGAAAUAAUCAGUUUUAUGAAUUGUACUCCAAUCGAUACAAUUGAUGAUGCAAAACAGUGUAUGAAUAAUAAUUAAUGAUGGGAGAGCUGUGAAAUAACAGUAUGAUAACUGAAAUAACAACUGUGCGAAAACUCCACACAUAUAACCAAUGCAUGGCCCAUUUAAAAACAGAUGCCACUAAAAUUUACAGAUUCAUUGCCUAGGAAUUGGAUCAAUUUGUGCACAUUGGAGCUAUUUGUGCAGAUUUUCCACAUGACGAUUAUUUCCAGGUUGCUAAGCACCCAUCAGGAAAUUGGCCCAGACCCCACCAUGCAUGAUUUAACGUCAGUUUUGCAGCUAAUUAUGUUAUCACGUGUAUUGUGGCCAUUUUUUAAAUUGCUGAACUAUAUUGGUUUUUAAAGAUGAAGCCUAUCACCUUUGUUUAUUAAUCACAAGAGAAUUUGCACCAAACCCCAUAGCAGAUUGAUGGUGAUGUGAAUUAAUGCGUCUUUGAUGUGACCUCUGUUUUAACUGCAGUAUAAUCUUCCCCCAGACUCAAUUUUCCAAUGGUAAGUGCAAAAGCACAUACAUCACUUUACAUUCCCAUAAUGACUCCAACAUCUCUAUGCUGUGCCAUUCAUUACAGCCACUGCAAUGUCUGCCAGAAUCACUCUGUGUGGGACCUCUCACGGUUUGGGAUUAGAGUUGGGCAAGAUGGGUGGACACGCACGUUGUGAGAUACAGGGUGAUGAAUAUGGUAAACAUUACAGUACUUUGCUUUGAACUCUUCACUCUUGGACAUUCUCUCACCUCCAUCACAGCCCUUACUGUAGCUAGAAGGUACAGUCAUAAGGAGAAUUCAUUACAAUCUGACCAUCUGCCAGCAUCUAGAACUCCAGUGAUAUGAUAGCUGCAACUUCUGACAGGAACUGCACAUGAUUUUAGCCUAAGUUGCCAUAAUAUGACUUUUAACAUUCUUUCACCCCAAUUAACAAAUAUUUUCAGGAGAUCCAACUGGGCAUUAGUGAUAUUUGCAGCAUUUGUUAAGUGCAUGAAAAGAGGGUGAAUUCCAUUUUCCAGGGAUAUAACAUCCUGUGCUGUGGUACUGCUAGAUGGUAAGCAGUUUUGUAAAUUGAAAGCAUUGUAAAAUAUGUGAUUUAUUUUUAAUUGGCCAAGUUUCAAUGCGGGGUUUUGCCACUUAAGUGAAUAAUCUCUUCAAAAUGUUUUUAUUUUAUAACACCAAUGAAUGUUAUGAGCGAUCAUUUUAAAAAGAGCACUUGCACUCAAUUACCAGCAAGAAACACUUUGAUAUAUUUUUGCUUUUCCAAAGAGGUGAUAAAGAAAAAGCUUGGAUCUCUUUCAUAUCUUAUCAUGUCUCUCAGAAGCAACUGCCAAGUUUUUGCUCAUAUUUUACUAAAUG